GCAGCGCUCAGUCUCUCCCCAGACUCCGCCAUGUUGGGGCUCUUGGGCCGCGCUGCCGCUGCCUCGGCCUCGGGCGCCCUUCGGGGCCUCGGCGCUUCGGCGCCGUUGCCUCCUGCCCAGACCUUGCUUCGGGCGGCUCCGGCCGCGCUCCAGUCGAGCCGGGACUAUGCGGCCAUGACGUCCCCUGCCGCCAAGACCGGGGCGGCCAGCGGGCGCAUCGUGGCUGUCAUCGGGGCUGUGGUGGACGUGCAGUUCGAUGAGGGCCUCCCUCCCAUCCUCAACGCCCUGGAAGUGCAGGACAGGGAGACCAGGCUGGUUCUGGAGGUCGCUCAGCAUCUGGGUGAGAGCACAGUCCGGACCAUUGCUAUGGAUGGUACUGAAGGAUUGGUGAGAGGGCAAAAGGUCCUGGAUUCUGGUGCCCCAAUCAAAAUUCCUGUGGGGCCUGAGACGCUAGGAAGAAUCAUGAAUGUGAUUGGAGAGCCUAUCGAUGAAAGGGGGCCAAUCAAGACCAAACAGUUUGCUGCUAUUCAUGCUGAGGCUCCUGAGUUCAUAGAAAUGAGUGUGGAGCAAGAAAUUCUGGUCACUGGCAUCAAAGUUGUGGAUCUUUUGGCCCCCUAUGCUAAGGGUGGCAAAAUUGGUCUGUUUGGUGGUGCUGGUGUUGGUAAGACUGUAUUGAUUAUGGAGCUAAUCAACAAUGUUGCCAAGGCCCAUGGUGGUUAUUCUGUGUUUGCUGGUGUUGGUGAACGGACCCGAGAAGGCAAUGACUUGUACCAUGAAAUGAUCGAGUCUGGUGUCAUUAAUCUGAAGGAUACCACUUCCAAGGUAGCGUUGGUAUAUGGACAGAUGAAUGAACCACCUGGUGCUCGGGCUCGGGUAGCCUUGACUGGCCUCACUGUGGCUGAAUACUUUAGAGACCAAGAGGGUCAAGAUGUACUGCUUUUCAUUGAUAAUAUCUUCCGAUUCACUCAGGCUGGCUCAGAGGUGUCUGCUUUACUAGGUAGAAUCCCCUCUGCUGUGGGUUACCAGCCCACCUUGGCCACUGAUAUGGGUACCAUGCAGGAAAGAAUUACCACAACCAAGAAGGGUUCUAUCACCUCUGUGCAGGCCAUCUAUGUGCCCGCUGAUGACUUGACUGACCCUGCUCCUGCCACCACCUUUGCCCACUUGGAUGCUACCACUGUGCUGUCUCGGGCCAUUGCUGAGCUGGGUAUUUACCCUGCUGUGGAUCCUCUGGACUCCACAUCCCGAAUCAUGGACCCCAACAUUGUUGGCAAUGAGCACUAUGAUGUUGCCCGUGGUGUGCAAAAGAUUCUGCAGGACUAUAAGUCACUCCAGGACAUUAUUGCUAUCCUUGGUAUGGACGAGUUGUCUGAAGAAGACAAGUUGACAGUGUCUCGGGCUCGGAAAAUCCAGCGUUUCUUGUCACAGCCCUUCCAGGUUGCUGAAGUAUUCACAGGACACAUGGGGAAAUUGGUACCCCUGAAAGAAACCAUUAAGGGAUUCCAACAGAUCUUGGCAGGUCAGUAUGACCAUCUCCCAGAGCAGGCCUUCUAUAUGGUAGGACCCAUUGAAGAAGCUGUGACAAAGGCUGAGAAGCUGGCUGAAGAGCACUCUUGAAGAGUCACCUUCAUCUACCACACAUCCUUCAAUUUCAGUUGUUUGAGCAAACUACACAAGAACUUUCAUUGGAAAAGCUGUGUAUUGUCUGAAGAAUAUUUAAACUUUUGAAUAAAAUGUACAUCUCACAGCU